AUGACGAGUUAUGCGAUCGGCACUGGCGAUGAGGGCGACUUCGACGCACCGAUCGAAAAAGGACACAUCUUCGAGCAAGGCCUAAUCUUUUCAGCGAUAAUCUACAAAGGGAACGUGGUUUCAGACAUGUUCACGGCGAAAGUUUUGGAUUUCAGUGAGACACGCGAUUUUCUGCAAUUUUUACGACGCAUCAAGUAUGAUCAUCGGCAGUUCCCAGAGAACCAGGACGGAGAGGCGGUCGUCAUAACGGUUUCGAUCGUUGUCAGCAAUAUACGGGCUGUUUCUGAAGUAACAAUGGACUAUGCACUGGAGCUGUUUUAUCGUGAAUCGUGGCGUGAUGAGCGACUCAAAUACAACCGAACACACUUCAAGAAUAAAACCGAAAUCGCUCUGCAUGAAAGCUAUACGAAUUUUCUUUGGCAUCCGGAUACGUUCAUGCCGAAUGCGAUCGCGUCAAAGAAUCCUCAGAAGCAGUCCAUUUCACACCGUUCGCUGCUCAGGCUGACUGAAGCCGGUCAUGUGCUGUACAGCCGUCGGAUUUCGAUUGUGGCCGAAUGUCCUAUGGAUCUGACACUGUUCCCGUUCGACUCUCAAGUUUGUAAACUUGGCAUCGAAAGUUAUGGAUAUACUGCCGACCAAGUUCGUUAUAAAUGGUCACAUGGCGCCAAGGAAGCAUUAUUGCUCCAUAUGAUUCGGCUGCCUGACUUUGCCAUCAAAGAAGCUUAUGUUACUAGUCAUAUGGAAUCUUAUGCUACAGGUAAUUAUAGUCGUCUGUAUGUUUGUUUCGUAUUCACACGAUCGUCUGGAUUCUGUUUCCUCCAGCUGAUUGUCCCCUCAACAGCAGUUGUGAUCACUUCGUGGGUAUCUCUUUGGAUGGAAAGCGAGACUGAAUUCCAGGUUGGCUGCUCUACAUCAUUUCACUGUUUAGUAUUACCUAAGUACCUCUGA